AUGGCUCAACCAGCACCUGAGCUUGACUCGCUUGACCAAUUACAAACACCACAACAAGUCGAAUUGCUGGACAAAAUCGACGAACUACGCAAUCAAGGAUUGGGAUAUCACGGUAUUAGCCUUCCACAACUGGUUGUGUGUGGCGACCAAUCGUCUGGGAAGAGUUCCCUACUCGAAGGACUGACAAGGCUUCGCUUUCCGACCCAGGAGGGACUUUGUACCACCUUCGCCACGGAAGUUGUUUUGAGGAAAGAACCGAAUGUCGAAAUAUCGUGUACGAUCACGCCUAGCAAGUCUAGAUCACAGCCUCAGCGACGCGAACUCGCCAAGUUCAAACGAAUUUUCUCCUCAUGCGAGGAGUUUCCCUUUCUUUCCAUUGUCAACGAAGCAAAAGACCAUAUGGGAUUUGGUGUGACAGCGAACCCAAACAACUUCUUUGAAGAUGUGUUGCGAAUCAAGUACUCUGGUCCCGAUUUGCCUUCCCUCACCAUUGUCGAUCUCCCGGGUCUCAUCGACACUCAGCUCAAUGGCGGCAAUGGUGCUGAGAAAGUCGCUGAACUUGUUACAAGCUAUGUACGCAACGAGGCGUCCAUAAUCAUGGCUGUCAUAUCUGCCGAUUAUGAUGCGGAGUUGCAGAGAGUAUUCAGGUACCUCAAAGAGUUCGACCCAAAGGGAAUCCGGACCUUGGGCAUCAUUACCAAACCUGACAGGGCUGCAAGUGGAGGCGAGAGAGAACAAGAUAUGAUACGGUUAGUGAAGAACGACAAAUAUCCACUCAAGCACGGCUGGCAUGCCGUGAAAAACCGAGACUUUACAACGAGAAAGCAGUCGGACAUCGAGCGUGAUGCAACGGAACGAGACUUUUUCGCCACCGGACAAUGGGCAAUUAUACCCAAGGAUGACGUUGGAAUUACUACCCUUCGAACCAAGCUAUCACGCAUGCUACUGGAGCACAUCGGCAAAGAGCUCCCUUCGCUUGUGGCUGCUGUUCAGAAUGCAAUCACUUCGACUGAAUCUGGGUUGAAAGCCUUGGGCAACGCUCGGGAAACGAGCAGGCAACAACGCGGAUAUCUAACCGGACACGCCGAAAACUUCCAGAUGCUCACUCGCGAUGCGUUGAGGGGAAUAUACAACAACCGUUUCUUCGCGUUGUCUUGUCCCAACGAACAGACACCUACGCGACUGCGCACUGAGAUUCAAAACCUCAACAUCGCUUUUGCCCGUGCUAUGUAUCAAAAAGGCCACACUUGGAACAUUUCUAACGAGCGGACUAUCAGUCCGCUACUGUCAAAUACUGAAGCUGUUUCACCUCUCGCUGUCCAAGAAUACGACGCUUGGUUUGAGGAACCUACCUGGAUAAGCCGGACCGAGUUCCUCGAGAAGCAUGUAGGCGAUUAUGUCCGACAUAGUCGACCAUCAGGCCUACCCUCACUUGUGAAUCCAUGGGUCAUUGGAGAAGUUUUCCGCCAGCAGUCCCAACCAUGGAAAGAGAUUGCUCAACAUCACCUGAAACGCAUAUUUCAGGCAGUAAAAGACUACAUCGAGGAGACCGUUGGUUCCCUGAUGGAUACAAGGACUUGCAACAUGUUGAUGCUCAAGCACAUCCAGCCUGAGCUCGAUCAGCGAUGGCGAAGCGUCGAGUCCAAAUUCGAGGAAUUGCUAGUGCCCUACACCGAACAGGAUCCUGUAACUUACGAUCCCAGUUUUAUUCUCGAGAUUGAAGAAACAAGGAUGGCACGACACAUUCGAUCUAGUUCUCAAGCAGAGGGCACUGCUGGUACACACGGACAGUCCAACAUGGCGUCAAUGUCUCGAGGUUUUGGUGGUCAUCUUUUGACAGAAUCCAUGGAUGACUUCACCAACUCAGAGAUUCUCGACCUCAUGCAAACAUACUACAAGAGAGCUAUCUCAGUUUUCAUCAACAACAUUGCUGUGCUAGCCAUAGAGAAUUGUCUCAUCAAAGACCUUUCUUCGAUCUUCUCUCCAACACUCAUCGCCAACUUGGACGACGACAAGCUGCAUGCUAUUGCCUCAGAGUCAAGCGAGAUACGCCACGAUCGUGACUCGCUCAGACAGAAAUUGAGUGCUCUUGAAGGCGGUAAAUCUGUUCUAUACGAGCACAUCGCCAUGAACCCAUCCAUCCGAGCGAAGGACUCACGACCGAGUAGAAUACAUGCCCAGCCUCGUAAAUACAUGUCACAAAGAGGUGAAAGUGCCGAGAAAGAAGAAAAGGUCGAAGAUAUAACCUCCCACUUCAAUAACCUUGUCGUUACGCCGCCCCCAUCCAGAUCCAAAACUCCACCGCGGUCGCGUCCUCGGGUCGAUUCAGCAACUCGCACACCGAGUGGAAGUCGGGAUGGAAGAAAACGCUCGGCGCAUGCGUGGCCUCCAAGGUUUGGUCUUGCUGGCGAGGAUGAAUCUGGCGAGUAUUAGUGAAGAGGCGAAACAUGCAACUUGGUAAUUAUGACGGACUUUUCUUUCAUCAUGACUUGUAUACUAUCUCAAACCGUGGCCUGUUGUUGUUUAUUCGAUGGGGGUUCCUCCAAUGAACUGCUUUUGUUGUUUGUACCAAAGUCUCGUAUGAUCUA